CUUCUCACCCAAAGCGCGACGAACUCUAAUCAAUACCCCCGUUGAAGUAAUGAAUCCAUCAGCGGAAGAGGAAGAGGAAGAGGAAUGGGCACCAAAGUGGAAAUCGCUGCAUGAAAGCCCUCAAUUCGUAUAUGGAAUGCUUGAUGGUUUCUUGGAAACAUGGGAGGAAGAAGAUUUUGAGCGUAUUGGUGAUUCCAAAUAUCCUAUCUUCCGAAGGGAGCUUAGAGACAAGAACUGCCACCAGAGGCUUUUGGCAUUCCUUAAACAAGUUCGGGAGAGCAGGGGUUACGAUGUGGAUGAUCCUCCGCGGUGUGUUAUGUCCCCUUUCUUUCCGAUGCGUAUGGACGAAAUUAAACUUUACGAUGCUCUCUAUGAAGAGUUGAUUGGGAAGGUAGAGUUUGUCGUUGCAGAGAUCAAUGGUGAAGCUAAGCUGCAUGGGAAACUGUAUGAAUUGGAUGAGAUAGAGAAAGUGGUGGAGGCGUGGGCCCAUAGGUGCACACUCCUUACACUUAGAGUGAAGCAAGUUAGAUUAUCAAGAAGAAAAAGAAUGAAGCAACUUGAAUCCAUCAAUGCCAGUGCUGAUGUUGUCAAGACUGUUCAAGCUACUGUGUUUGCGGAAUGUUACAACAAGGAUUUCAAAGAGUUUGAACUUGUAGAGUGGAGGUUUAAACCACUCAACACUUCCUCAGCUUAACCUACUUUACAUUCUCGCGGGUACUCUUUUUCCUCGUGUUAAGGUUUUAAUGAGGCCCGACCAGUCUCUAGUUUCCGUUUUUUGUUGGUUCGCUUUUCUGAAUAAAAUUUCUAUUUCGUCAUCA